AUGCUUGACCCUUCUUUUCCAAAAAAACCUUUGAACGCAUUUCAAAUGUUCGUUAGAAACAAAGCCGGAGAAUCAAACACUUCCAUAUUUAACCGGGUUAGAAUAGUUAGACUCUACCUCUGGUUUUAG